UAAUAAUAUUCUGCGCAUAUUUUGCCUACUUUUCUCGCUUUUGCUCAAUACCUCUCACUCUUGAACACCUUUUCCUCAUCAGCUUUCUUUGACUUGCAAACUUGCUCCUCUCCUCAACUUAUCAAACAAGGAUUUCUGGUUUUCUUCAUUUUUCUCUAUAUUUUUUGCCACUCUCAGUUUUGGCUUGCAUGACCUGCUUUCGUAGAAACGUAGAAGACCUCGACUCGGUUUAGGGGUUUGUACUUUGUAUAUAAGAUGGGUUGUUUUACAGUUUUGAGAAGCAACAAGAAAAAGUCUAAGCAGUCUGUUUUUGUAAAACGCAUUGCACAUAAGGAGCAUAUGCCUACCGUGCUGCCUGAGCCCCAAGUUCAGACACGAUCACUGCAAUCUGCACCCCCAAGUUUUAUAACCAGAGUAAAACCGAUUCAACCUAAUAACAAGGUAACAUCCAAUAGGGCACGAGCAUUAUCUGCUCCAUCAAGUCUCGAUGCUGCUGAGCAAGAUGCCCUUGCUUCAGUGGAAUUUGAAGAACAGGAAGAGUUUAAGAGUCGUGGAGGAUUAGUGAAGGAACAGAAGUCAUCUAUUCCACAGCCUCUUCCGCUUCCAUCUCCCAAUACUACUGUGCUGAAGACAAUGGGAAGUUUCAAAACAGGGAAUGUUAGUGGCCCACUUUUUGCUUCUGGACCAUUGCCUCUGCCUCCCUCUGGAACACUUCGAAACUUUGGUUAUGAAGAAAUCGCAGCUGCUUGCCAUCAUUUCUCUUCUGAUCGAUGCACAUCUGAAGGUCUAUCUUCUGUUAUGUAUAAGGCUUCCUUCGGAGAGGAAACAUUGAUUUCAAAGAAGUUUGAAGCUACAGUCACUCGCCUUCAUCCAUCUACUCAGGGUUUAAGGGACUUCAUAAAUGAAGUAAAUACUCUUGCAUCAUUGCAACAUCCAAAUCUCUGUAAAUUGCUUGGAUAUCAUGCACGUGAUGGUUCAGAAAAAAGAAUGUUGGUCUAUGAGAGGCUGUUUCAUGGAAGCUUAGACGGGCUUUUAUAUGGGAGAUCGGAUGGACCGCCGCUUGAUUGGAAUACCCGAAUGAAAAUUGCUUUAUGUUCUGCACAGGGUCUUACUUUCUUGCAUGAGGAAGGACCAUUUCAGGCAAUGUACAAUGAAUUUUCAACUGCCAACAUACAGAUUGACAAGGAUUUCAGUGCGAAGCUUUCAGGAUAUGGUUGUGUCGGUCAUAUCCCGGAGACAGAACAGAUCUCCAGUAAUUCAGUUGCUGUGGCAAAUAUCUCUGUAGAGACUUUGGCGAGAGGACGGCUAACUCCGAAGAGCAAUGUUUGGAGUUUUGGAAUCGUUCUACUUGAAUUACUCACUGGCCGGAAGAACCUUGACAAUCGUCAUCCCAAGGAGGAGAGGAACCUAGUUAAGUGGAGCCGGCCAUUCCUAGCUGAUGAUUGCAGGCUGUCACUCAUCAUGGAUCCUCAGCUCAAAGGUCGAUUUCCUAUGAAAGCUGCCCGUACAGUGGCUGACAUUGCUCAAAGAUGUCUCCAGAUGGACCCAUCAGAAAGGCCGACCAUGAGAACCAUAGUUGAGCAUCUCAAAAUCAUCCAAGAAAUGAAAUAUUCAUGUCGGUUUCCUCUGCAAGAUCCAGCAGCAAUAGCCGGAAAACAGAUGUCAAGGUCACCGAGUCUUAACGGGAUCAUCACUCCUGCCCCCAGGACAAGUUUCUCGCCAUCACCGCCUUCGGGGGCCAGGAUGUCCUUUUCUCCCACAGGACCACCUAAUUUGCCAUUGACGCUUCCCCCACGUGCAUGUUCUUCCACCAUGUCAUUAGAGGAGCUUGAGAGGCAAGGAAGUCAAAGAUCAUCAUCGGCAACCCUUAGAAGGGCUAGUGUGGAAGGAUAUUGAUUGCUUUGUAAUAUUAGCAUUUUUUCAUUUUUUUUUCUCCUUUUUAAAUUCAACACAACAUAUAGAAGAUAAAAUGUGUGGUUCUUCUACCGUCCUAUCCUUCUAGAUAUCGAAACAGAAGAGGAUGCUGUUUUUG